UCGUUUGGAGCUGUAGAAACGCAUUUCAUCCGGAUGGCACAGUUCCUAUUUGAGAGUGACUUGCAUGGGCUGUUGAAGUUGGAUGCUCCUAUACCCAAUGCACCUCCUGCACGAUGGCAGCGCAAAGCCAAAGAAGCUGUUAUUAGCACUGGCCCCUCUCCAGACACCACUCUUUCACCCAUGAAGCCAGUCAACAGGUCUCAUAGCACCAGCAAAACUCCCUCCAAGACACCAGGCAAGGCUGGCUCCAAAACACAGAAUACUCCAAACAAAACUGGAGGGGACAGGUACAUUCCUAAUCGCAGUGCCAUGCAAAUGGAUGUGGCCAACUUCCUCUUGACCAAAGAGGACUCCUCUGAUGAGACACCUACAAAGAAGGAGCAUCAGAAAGCCUGGGCAAUGAAUCUGAACGGCUUUGAUGUAGAAGAGGCAAAAAUCUUGCGUCUGAGUGGGAAGCCCCAGAAUGCCCCUGAAGGCUACCAGAACAAUCUCAAAGUGCUCUACAGCCAGAAGAACACUCCAGGCUCGACUCAGAAGACUGGUAGAUACAUAGCCUCCAUGUCAGAUCGGAUUCUAGAUGCCCCAGAUAUCCGCAAUGACUACUAUUUGAACCUUAUUGACUGGAGCUCCCUCAACUUUCUGGCUGUGGCUUUGGAUAAAACUGUGUAUCUGUGGAACUAUGAUUCUCGAGAAAUAAUCCAGCUCAUGCAGAUGGACCACCCAGAUGACUACAUCUCCUCUGUGUCUUGGAUUAAAGAAGGAAAUUAUCUUGCAAUUGGCACAAGUAAUGCAGAGGUCCAGUUGUGGGACGUCCAGCAAAAGAAGCGUCUACGAAACAUGAUCAGCCACUCAUCCCGUGUGAGCUCCCUAAGUUGGAAUAAUUACAUCCUUUCCAGUGGGUCACGGACUGGUCACAUUCAUCAUCAUGAUGUUCGUGUGGCAGAGCACCAUGUGACAACAUUGGCUGGCCAUACACAAGAAGUGUGUGGGCUUAAAUGGGCACCUGAUGGUCGUUACAUAGCUAGUGGGGGAAAUGACAACCUGGUAAACAUUUGGCCAAACACCCAAGGGGACAAUGGGAGGUAUUGUCCUGUGCAAACAUUCACACAGCAUCAGGGAGCUGUUAAGGCUGUGGCUUGGAGUCCAUGGCAGUCCAAUGUCCUGGCAACAGGAGGUGGAACCAGUGACAGGCAUAUCAGGAUCUGGAAUGUAUGUUCGGGCACCUGUCUAAACACUGUGGAUGCACAGUCUCAGGUGUGUGCUAUCCGCUGGUCUACAAAUUACAAAGAGCUUGUAUCUGGUCAUGGCUUUGCUCAGAACCAGCUUGUAUUGUGGAAAUACCCAACCGUGUCCAAGGUGACAGAGUUGAAAGAUCACACUGCUAGAGUACUAAGCCUGACUAUGAGCCCAGAUGGGUCCACAGUUGCAUCAGCUGCAGCAGAUGAGACAUUGAGACUUUGGCGCUGUUUUGAGCUGGACCCAUCACGGAAGAAAGAUAAAGAAAGUAACACCAAGAGCAGCAUUAUUCAUCAAGGCAUCCGCUGAGUCUUGUCUCAUUCCUCUCCCACCCUAUUUGCUUUAUGUACAGAAUUUUAAACAA